UCGAAUCACUUGCCAGUGGUGGACGAGGUAGGAUGCCGGUGUUGAGCUUUCAUUCCCUUGCCUGCAACCAACGUACAGAUAAGCCCAGGUGUCGUCCCUCAGUGGAUUUCUUUCACACUUCGUACUGCAGAUUCAGGUCGAUCCCAGUAAUGGGACAGUAAAUGCGGGUGUCUGCCAUGUUGAGCACACGUCAUCAGCACGCCAGAGUAACAUCAUCUCAUGCAGAAAUCAGCAAUCUCUCGAAGCCACUCAUCAUGAAAAAGAAGAAUUUAAUCAGCAAAGGAAGAAAACAAGAUCCCAAACGAAGAGAAACUCUAGACAGAGCAUUAUUAUAACAAUGAAAGAAAACGUAUGUCCAUUUUGCCUUGCCUUUUGUGCCACGGGCAUCGGCUAAGGAAUCCGAAUUUUAAAUUUUAACCAAAGAAACUUCAUUCUAUUUUAUAAUCACAUGCCACUAUUUAAUACCAUCCAUAAAGUAGAGGGGAAAAGAGAGGGAAAUAUUUAUAUUAAUUAAAGAAUAAUUUUAUAUAAAAUAUAUUAUAAUCUACGUUCUAUGUAUGUUCAUUACGUUGUGAAGGUGUAUGAAACGUGAGAUUUACAAACGCGUUCCUGCGAUUGACAGUACACAGACUUACUGUUCCAGUACUACAAUCAAUUUAAUCCUGUGAUGAAGGAAACUUCUGACAGUCGCAUUACGGAAUUUAAUUGCAAACGGUGUUGAAAUUAUAAGUUCAGACCAGUGCGGACACAAACGCGAGUAAUGAGUGUGAAAGUUGUAAAGCAACAAGACCAAGUGAACUGAUAUCAGACACAAAUAAUUUGGCGUCUGUGUAAGGAUCAGACGAGCUAUGGCCUCGUCUUCCUGUAUCAGAAAAUCUCUACUAUCUCUCAACAAUGGGGGCUCUUCUCCUUCAAUUGUCCUGCCCACGAAGGAACGCAGCAACAGCAACACAAGCUGUAAGACGACUUCAGCGCUGGCCCUGGCGACCUCCAGCAUGGUCGACUUCUGGAAUCGCGUCUCUCAGCAGAUGGCCUACAUCGAUGGUAGCACUCGAAGCCCAUCUCUUAUUGAUGGCGGUAGCACACGUAGUUCUCUGCGGAAUGACUGUACACGGGAUUCUAUGCUGGUUGCCAUGGAUACCGCUGCACUGUUGGCGCGACCCUCUGCGGAAAACCGUAGUUCGUCACUUCUCGACGAACAGAAUAUGAGGAGCGGGUCGGUGCUUGAACUCGAAUAUGACCACAGUGCAUCAAUCCCAGACGAUGAGAACAGUCACAGUGUCUCCCUCCUAGACGGCGUGAACGAUGAGUUAAGUGCCUCUGUUCUGGAUGACGUAAUCGUUCCGCUUCCGCCGUCAGACUUGGCCCAUACCGACGUGGGCAGACCGCUUAAACAGAGGCACCCUACUGAAAUCACUUCUCCUGUGUCAUACAAAUCGUGCUCAGGGUCUCGCCACACCGCCACUACGUGUUCCUUAGAAGCCUCGCCACCGCAGAGUGUCCGCAGUUCAGCCCUCCAUCACCAACUUGCACACAAAUCCUUCCAGCGACUGGUCAGUGUAUCAAGCGAAGACGAGGAGAGAUGUCGGAACAAACCUUGGUACCGCAGGGCGUCUCCAGUGGACAAGCAGCAGAAGAGGGCUGCCCUUCUCGACAGCAACGACAACGACGGGGACCAGAGUGCAAUCUGGCACCACGUGUUCACGGAAGUGGCCUCUAAGUACGUGAAGAACACCGAGCAACCUGGAACGCGCUACAAGAACUAUUUCAAUGACGAUGAUGACUGCUGCAAUGAUGAUGGGGAUUACACCAAGGACGGGAUGGAGCUGGGGCUGCUGCAGCCGACGCCGGAUAUUUCUGGCAAGGCUAGGCCACCAGGUUGCGCAGCCGCCAUUCCCAAUUCAGCCACGUCCACGUCGGUAGUCAUGGAGACGGCGUCCAUGGGGGGCGGUAGGAUGACCACAAGAACAAGGCUGCAUAAGUAUCAGCAGCAGUUCAGUUUCUGCGCGGGAGACAGGAGACUUUCGCAACCUUUCGACAUGUACGGUUGUGUUACCAAGAAGGCGAGUAGCUGGGAGGAGAGCGAGGCAGUCCAGCGUCGUCGCAGCGUUAUGAUGGCGGUAAGCGGCAUGGAGUAUCUACAUCAAACCCAUCUGCCGACGGCGAACUGUACUCUUGCAACAUCUUGUCCCGGCACCGCGGGCUUGCUGAUGCUACACCCUACCUCAUCGGAGUUGAAGUUGCUGGAUAAGAGAGACCUCCGUUAUUAUUUCCAACAUCCUUACCCGCGGCUGUUUGUCACGUACUUCGUUAUAUUUUGCAACUUCCUGCUCUUCGCGGAGGAUCCUAUCUCGCACAGUCACACUGAGUCGGACAUCCCGAUGGUCGGUAAUGUGUUCAGCUUCGUCCUCACAAAAUAUCCUCCUGAAUGGCGCUGGUCUCUUAUAAAGGUGCUGAUGUGGCUGCUGGCGAUGUUGUGCGGCAUGGUGUUGGGCAAACUUCUCAUUCACGGCUACGUCUGUGGCAAGCUUCUCAGGCUGAAGAUGUUUCGUGAUGAUCAGGGCUCCUGGAUGACCAUGUUCCUCACUGUGAUCGUGUCGCUGUACGUAUUCUCUCACGCCUACAACCUGCUGCUUUUCCUCUGGUACGACAACCCCCUGUACCAGAUCAACAGUCACAUGGGCGCCACUAACGCCAGCGUAAUGAAGGCUGCAGCGUGCGGAACGUGGCUGGGGGACCUCAUCACGGCGCUCAUGGUGACAGACAUGAUGCUACAGGACAACUUGUACCCCCAGUGGGCAUCCUGUUUCCGCAAGAUCUGGCGGCGAUCAAAUAUCCCGCGCAUCCUCAUUUUCUGGGUCGGCUCCGUCGUGGCCACCUCUGUUGUUGUCACACUUAUCGUCAGCGACUGGAUCUCUUGGGACAGGCUGAACAGGGACUUUGUGGCAACAACAGAGCUGUCCCGGGCGUUCUUGGCGUCAUUCAUCCUGGUCAUGGACCUGCUGAUCGUGAUGCAGGACUGGGAUUUCCCCCAUUUUACAACGACUCUUCACGUCAACUUGCCCGGAUUCAGCGUCGCGACGCUUAAGUGGAAGUACGCCGAAGUUGAUAUCACGGGCAAAUGGUUCAACUAUGGAAUUAUAGUACUCGUCAUGUUGCUGGACCUCAAUAUGUGGAAGAAUCAAAUAUUCUACAACCCAAAGGACUUCGGUCAGUACACAGGUCCAGAUGACAAGAUUCGAACUGUGAACGACCGAGACCUUCUCGUUACUCGCAACACAUCGUACUGGACCUGGGAGAGUCGGACACACAUCAACCCAGACACGGGUCUGCCCCACUACGAAGAGGACAUGCAGAUGAAUUCCCGCUUCAUGAACUACCCCCUGUCUGUCAAGUGGACGGCCUUCAUCCCUUCAGUAAUUGGGUUGGUGCUCUUCGUGUCUCUAGUAUCACUGUAUGGACGAUUCCCUGCCCAUCAGACUCAUGGACAGACUCGAGAUCUGAGUCCAUGCCGAGGCGCCCAAGGAAGGGACCCCAACUCCCGGUAGCCACGGCAGUGCAGAAAAUACAGUUUUCUGUGUUUUCCACUAGAAACGUGUGAUGGACAUCCAUCUCUUAUUAUGAGAUUAUGUCUGAACCGGUGGUUGCACUAUUGCUGUGUGUGACCACAAUAAAAAUGAUCUUAUCUUCUGCCUGCAUUUCUGUGAUCACUCAAUUGUAAUAAAAUAAUUAUGGAUAAACUCGUGUGUAAAUGUAACAAGAAUCGCAUGUGGAAUUUGAAUUGUUUGUUCCUCCAUUCUAGAAACAGAAACAAUCAGCCACUGACCAUCUGAAUAAAUGAAAUAUCCACUUA